GGGACGCGACGGGACGCGCUGGGACGGGCACCGGGGGUCGCGGGCGCGGCCCGGGGCGGGGGCGGCAUGGAGCGGAGGUGGGUCUUCGUGCUUCUCGACGUGCUGUGCGUGCUGGUCGCCGCCCUGCCCUUUGCCAUCCUGACGCUCGUGAAUGCCCCGUACAAGCGUGGAUUCUACUGUGGAGAUGACUCCAUCCGGUACCCCUACCGUCCAGACACCAUCACCCACGGGCUCAUGGCCGGGGUCAUCAUCUCAGCCACCGCCAUCCUUGUGUCAGCCGGGGAGGCCUACCUGGUGUACACGGACCGCCUCUACUCCCGCUCCGACUUCAACAACUACCUGGCCGCCAUCUACAAGGUGCUGGGGACAUUCCUAUUCGGGGCUGCUGUCAGCCAGUCACUGACAGAUCUGGCCAAAUACAUGACUGGCCGCCUGCGGCCCAACUUUCUGGCAGUGUGUGACCCCGACUGGAGCCGUGUCAACUGCUCAGUGUACGUGCAGGCGGAGGUGUGCAGAGGAAGCCCUGCUAACAUCACCGAGUCCAGAUUAUCUUUCUACUCUGGGCACUCCUCCUUCGGAAUGUACUGCAUGAUGUUCUUGGCGCUCUAUGUGCAGGCUCGGCUCCGCUGGAAGUGGGCGCGGCUGCUGCGGCCCACCGUGCAGUUCUUCCUGGUGGCCUUCGCCCUGUACGUGGGCUACACCCGCGUGUCUGACCACAAGCACCACUGGAGCGAUGUUCUCGUCGGCCUCCUGCAGGGGGCACUGGUGGCCGGCCUCACUGUCCGAUACAUCUCUGACUUCUUCAAAGCCCGGCCCCCACAGCACUGCCCAGAGGAGGAGGACAUCGAGCGGAAGCCCAGCCUCUCGCUGACACUGACUCUGGGCGAGGCUGACCGCAACCACUAUGGGUACCCGGUCUCCUCCUCCUGAGGCCGGGAGCCGUUCCCAGCUGGGGCUCAGGCUGUGGUCAGCAUGUUCGUGGUCCUGGCAGGCCCUUCACCUGGGAUGGUGAUGAGGGCUCUGGCAGGCUCCAGGUGCCCCAAGCUGGCUCCCCGGGGCGGGUUCCACUAACCCCACCUCCUGAGACGGGACCAGGGGCCUGGGGUGCCUGGGGCAGCCCUAGAGUUUGGAGGAAGACCCUGUUCUCAGGACCCCCUUCGUUUGUGGGGUUAGGGAAGGGACUGAGAAAUCCCCGUGGGUGCUGUUUUUGUAAAAUGGAUUAUGUAUGUGGAUUUUUAGUAAAGUAGGGCGUUCAGUUGACAAA